AAAAACAAAAAGGAAAUGAUAACCCAUUAAACAAUGACUUGGAGUUUCUCCAGUCAUUCAGCUAUGGCUUCUUAAGUCGUACGUCGGUGUAAAUCGCCUCGUAUAUCAGAGGAAAUUCUCUUCUAAGAUUUUCUGAUUUACCAUUCGGAGCUUAAUGCAUUAAAUUAGAGGGGUGAAGGGGGAAAUUUGUAGAUAUGGAGAAGGAGAAGAGGAAGAGAAAUCAGGAAGGGGGUGAGGAAGGGGUGCAGAAGAAGGCGAGGAAAAAGGAGGAGGCGAGUGAGGAAGAGGUGGAGGAGUUUUUUGCAAUACUUAGAAGAAUGAAGGCGGUGGUGAAGUACUUCGAGAAAACUGGCGGGAAGGGAUGGAGGUCGGCCGUGGAGGCGGAGGUUGUGGUGGCUGCCAGUGAGGAGGAUAAGGAGUCGGAUGAUCAUAAAAAGGGGGAAGGAGUGGAAGAAUGUGGUGGAGGGCUCUUGGAUUUGAACGCCUUACCGGAGGAGAAGAGCUGAAUAAUUAGGCCAUCAAUCAUCAUCGUGUGUCGCUGCCGCGGGGCGCCGAUGGCGAGGAGGAGCUGGCAUCUACUGGCCAUGGACGGGGCACCAAGGUUAAUAAAUUACUGUUGAGUUAAAGUUACGUUUGGUUUGAGUAAAAUGGAUGGGUGAGA